AUGUGUGUGAGGGAUCGUAUUGCACAAUAUUUGAGUGAAGUUUUAGCAAUUGAAAAUCCAAUGGAAAAGAGUAUUAAUUUAUAUUUACAACACGGAACAACUCUGAGAGGAUUAAUUCAUGAGGGAUAUGAUGUUGAUCCUUUGACUUUUUAUCAUUAUGUACAUUCGGGUUUUGGAUUGGAUGGAGUGACCAAGAAUGAUGUUGAAUUGCAUGCAAUGAUUUCAAAAUUGAAAACAAAUAUUGACAAGUUGAUUUUAUUCACAAAUUCUGAUUCUAAACAUGCUAAUAGAUUGAUGGAUCAUUUGGGAAUCACUGAACUUUUUGAUAAGGUUGUUUGUUAUGAAGAUUUGGACCUUUCUGUGAAACCUCAUCCACACUCUUAUGAAUUGGCUGCUGAACUUUCAGGUCUUCCAAGUGGUUCAUGUGAUCAACAUCAAUUGAGUUGGAAGGAAAUGGUUGCUACUGGUCAAUUGGAAAUUUACUUUGCUGAUGACAAUUUAAAGAAUAUUAUGGCAUCUAUUGAUAUGGGAUGGAAUGCUUGUUGGGUUUGUGAACAAGGAUUACAAGGUCCACCAAAUGAAGGAAUUCCAGUCAUUCAAGUUAUUACACAAAUUGUCAAGGUUUGGCCAAAGCUUUUUGAAUAA